UGCCCUGGCUUCAAGGGGAGGAAAAGGAGAAACAUCCAAAACAGAACCAACGCAGUGAAAAUAGAUGAAAAUCACACUCGAUACUGUCCCAGCUGCCUGGAGAGCAGAAUAAUUCCCUACUGAUUUUGAGAUCUCGACCACACGCGCCGGCAGAGGGUGAAUUGCGUUGACAUUGUGUUUACAGCCGGUGCAAUGGGAUCAUAACAAAGAGGGACGUUAAGAUUAACCCCUCAGAAAUAAAUGAUCGAAACAGCCGGUGUGCGGCAAGGAAAAGAUCUAAUGGGAAAUGCCCGGCAUUCCUCUCCAAAGGGCUCCUGCGACGCCAGCGUCAGGUUUGAACGGCAGCCGAGCCGGGAUGUUCCCGAUCGCUUUCGGACUUUGGCUCCAGCUCCUGCUCUGCCAAGGAUUGGCUGAAUCCACCUUCUUGGGCAAUGUUUCUCCCUUGCAAGCAGCACUGGCGCCUGUGGAACACAAAAACAGAAGCAUUAACAAAUGCUGUCUCUUGACCCCUCCGCCACCCCCGAUGUUUCCACCACCCAUCUUCAGGGAAAGCAAAAGUCUUGAAGAAAUAAAUUUGAAGAAAGUACCAUUGGAAAUAAAGUCAAAUGAAUCGUUAUGUAAUGUAACAGGUAUAAUUGGUCCUCCUGGGCCUACAGGUCCCCAGGGCCCACGGGGAAUUCCAGGCAUUAUGGGACCAAAAGGGGAGAAUGGAGAAAUUGGAAGACCGGGAAGAAAAGGCAGUGCAGGCUUACCGGGACCCCGUGGAAUGCCAGGGCCUACAGGCUCUCCAGGACCAAUUGGGCCCAAGGGUGAAAUGGGAGAUAUUGGAUUAACAGGAUUGCCAGGCGCUAGAGGACCAAUGGGCCCCAAGGGUUUGACUGGACAAAAAGGUGAAAAGGGUGUAGUUGGUGAAAAAGGACAACAAGGAAUCAAAGGAGAAAUGGGUGUAAUGGGUCUUCCUGGAAUGCUGGGACAGAAAGGAGAAAUGGGUCCAAAAGGAGUAACUGGAGCCCCUGGAUACAGAGGACCUGUUGGUAGACCUGGCAAGAGAGGAAAAACUGGAUUAAAAGGGGACAUUGGUCCGGCUGGAAUUAUAGGACCUUCAGGUCCACCUGGACCAGCUGGUCUUCCUGGACCUCCUGGGAGAUCUGGAUCAGACCGCAUAAUGGUUGGACCAAAGGGUGAAAGGGGACUUCCAGGGCCAGCAGGUAGAUGUUCCUGCAAUCUCCCUCAAACUGUAGGCACCACAAGAUAUAGUGAAUUCUCGUCUUUGAUUAGUCCUCCACAAGUCCCAGCAAUAUUUGUUGUUGAUAGUGAAGAAGAGUUGAAGAAGCUGAACACUGAAAACGUGCUGGCUGUCCGAAAAGAUCAAAGAGCGUUGUACUUCAAGGACACACAGGGAUGGCUGCCAAUUCAGAUCUCUCCUGUCCAGCAAAUGCCUCAAAAUCCCACAGGAUUUUGUGGAGAUGCAAUAGUUCAAGUAGAAAACGGUGAAGAAUGUGAUGACGGUAACAAGAUUGUGACUGAUAGCUGUAUAAAUUGUAAGCGAGCCUACUGUGGAGAUGGAUAUUUGCAGAGGGGAUAUGAAGAAUGUGAUGGCAAAGAUUUUGGUUACCAAACCUGCAAUAGCUACCUUCCUGGGUCUUACGGAGAAUUGAAGUGCACUUCGUACUGUUAUAUUGACUCCACGAGCUGUCACUAUUUCACAUGAGCCAAAGGGGUAGCUGCUGGAAAGCAUCUCACUGCAGUACAGUACAUUCAUCUGGUGCCUCGCCAAGCAGACUGGGCUGGGAUGCACAAACUCAGCUUUCCUUCAGUGCAACCAUAACCAGCAGCUGAAAGGCUCGUCGAUGGUCAGGUUUAUUUCAAGUGAUUGUCUGGAUGAGAAUUAGGACCAUUGCAUUUUGUCUUAAAUCAACGGCAACUAUGAAGCUGCAAAAAGGAUAUUGACUGCUUUUCCCCAAGACGAUCAAAGUAUACACAUACCUACAUUUACUGUUGUGGAUGUCAUAUCUGAAGACUGCUCCUCCAUGUUAAUUCACGAUUCUCAGGCAGGAAUAUAAAUGAGGAAAUAUUGUUCCUCAAGAGACUGGAGUCAGUACUACCAUACCUCAAUGAUGCACUGUAGUUUUACAUCUAUGUUUACUCAAGGAGAAAAUUGACUGAAUCCUUGUAUUGAGAUAAUACAGUAAAGCGUCAAGAAUUCAGUUACCAAACUGUGAAACACUAUUUACUGCAUUUGCAUGACGAUUGUGUACAGCAGUUCAAUUAUAACAGCACUCUGCCGUGCCUUGAAUGCUGUGAAUCAGCUGCUGCCCAAUAAGGUAUGUGUCCUUAAGAGAUGUGCACAGCGCCCAAUCUUGCCUAAUGCUUCAAUGGCUCACUUCACUAACAACUACUGAUGCUAGAAGUCUAUGAAAUGUCAAAGUCUAACUCUCUACGGUCUUUGCAAUCUUGCACAUUGGAGCCUCCAUAUGAGACAAAUCAGAAUGCUCUCCAUACGACAAAUCAGAAUGCCCUCCAUUAUACACCUGGAGAAAUUCGCAAGAGUCUUUGCUGACACGUUCAGAUUUAUAAUAAUUGCAGUGUUAAAUCUGAGUAAGAAUUUAAUUUCAAUGUAAAUUUAUUAUCAAAGUACGUACAACACCAUAUACUAUUUUGAGAUUCAUUUUCUUGCAGGCAUUUACAGGAAUAUAAAGAAAUACAAUAUAAUUUAUGAAAAACUGUACAUAAAGACUGACAAACAGCCAAUUCAGAGCUGCAUCUGGAGUGGAACACAUGGUAUAUAGAAAAGGUUCAAUGUGUGGUUGAUUAUGAGAAGUGGCAGAGGUAGAACAGGACACACAGCAGUUAAUUCUGCACAUAGGUAAGGUAGAUGUUCAUUUGAAUGUAAUACUUAUUCUGCAAAACAUCCCAGAGUUUAGUUACAAUCUCCCUUUAUCAUGUAUAUUCUCAUACACUGUUUUAUGGGUUUGGGAUAUUUAGGGUGUUGCUUGCAAGUGCAGGGAGAAUGGUGACACUAUCAUCCUCUUCACUACCAUUACCAUUUGGGUGUCAUACACUCAGUGGCCACUUUAUUAAAUACCUCCUGCACCUAAUACACUGAGUGUAUGUUCAUGUUCUUCUGUUGCCUUAGCCCACCCACUUCAAAGUUUAACAGGUUGCGCGUUCAGAGAUGCUCUUCAGCAGACUGCUCUGGUACGCACGGUUGUAUGAGUUAUUGUUGCCUUCCUGUCAGCUUGAACCAUCCUGGUCAUUCUCCUCUGACCUCUCUCAUUAACAAGAUGUUCUGGCCCACAGAACUGCCGCUUGCUGGAUUUUUAUUUGUUCUUCGCACCAUUCUCCGUAAACUCUAGAGACGGCUGUGGAUUAGGAUGGCAGGAGGUCAGCAGUUUCUGAGAUACUCAAACCAUCCCAUCUGGCUCCAACAAUCAUUCCAUGGUCCAAAUCACUUUGAUCACAAUUUUCCCCCACUCUGAUGUUUGGUCUGAACAACAGCGGAACCUCUUGACCAUGUCUGCAUGCUUUUAUGCAUUGAGUUGUUGAUAUGGGAUUGGCUGAUUAGAUAAUUGCAUCAUGAGCAGGUGUACCUAAUAAAGUGGCCACUGAGUGGACAUCAGGACAUGAAUGCCUUGCACUCUGAGCUGGGUCCUGACCACUGAGGCAGGACACCAGUUAGAUAAAAUGCAUGAGAUGUGGAUGUCACGAGUAAUACACAGGCAAUAGAUACAUGGAAGUCUGCCGCAUGAAAUGUAUAUAUCAACGAGGGCAAAGUAAGUUAAAGGAAUGAAUGCUUCUUUCACAGAAAAUAUUGUUGCAUUUCAUGUACCUCGCAUGUCCAAGAUACUGGAACUUAUGAUCUGCAUUAAUAAAACA